GUCGUGUACCGAUACUUCCGCUGAUGUGACUGUGAUACUGUAUGCAGCAAUUUACGUUUCCCUGGAGAUAUUGAUAAUCUAGCGGCGUUUAACAGAAAAGUGCACGGUGUUAUCGACUUGUAAAUAACAGGAAAUAUACUAGGAAUUUAGUUGUCGACACACCAACAAUGGCAGCUCCGAAAACCAACCUCUCCGAGUACAUUUUACCUAAUGACACGGGUGUCUGCUUGCUUGAGUGUAAGACUGCAUUUGAAGGUCUCACGCCCAAGGAGCGAAUGUAUGCCCACUACAUUGCACAGGCAGCAUUUAAUGGAGGAUUGAUAGUGCUGCUGCAGACAUCUCCUGAAAGCCCGGGAAUAUAUUUACUUUUCCAAAAACUUUUCCGUGCUCAGUCUCUCUCUGACUUGAAAGAACUGGCCUUAAAGACUGGCCUAACUGAGGCUGAAUAUGAGGGUCUUCUCAUUUAUGCUGCCGGCGUCUAUUCCAAUAUGGGAAACUAUAAAUCUUUUGGAGACUCUAAAUUUAUUCCCACUGUACCUAAAGAAAAGUUCAAAUCUCUGGUGUUUGCCAGCGCAGCCUAUGAGCAAGAUGCCAAGGCUAUUGAACAGUUGUGGAACCGUGUAGGUGAUGCCAUGUAUUCACUCACAGAAAGGAACAAGCAACUGGGACUAGGACAACAGGGCAUAAGCACCUACUUCUCUGGAAACUGUGAUUUGAAGGAUGCUGAAGUAGCACAGAAGUUUUUAGACAGCAAGGAACUUAGUGCAUACAAUACCCGCCUGUUCAAAACCUCCGACAAAGAGUAUGAGAUCAGACUGGCUUCUUCACUGAAAGAUGGGGAAAAAACUCCAGCUUGUGAAGACGUUGAAAAAGUAUUAGGUAAACAUGAAUUUACACCAGAAGGCAGCAGUACCCCUAUUACUUUCACUGUCACAAGAGGAGACUAUGCCGAGCUGAUGAAUUUGGUGGUACAGAACGUAGAAAAAGCAGCGGAGUAUGCAGCCAACUCGGAGGAGAGAAACAUGAUGAAGUGUUAUGCACACAGUUUUACCUGUGGCUCCAUCUGUUCUCACAAAGAUGGCUCCAGACACUGGAUUAAGGACAAAGGACCAAUUGUGGAAACUUACAUUGGUUUUAUUGAGUCAUACCGAGAUCCCUUUGGUGUAAGAGGAGAGUUUGAAGGCUUUGCUGCUAUGGUGAACAAGGAGAUGAGUGCCAAGUUUGCCAGGUUGGUUGACAAGGCAGAAGAUAUUUUACCACUGAUGCCUUGGCCAGCUGAGUUUGAGAAGGAUACCUUUCUACGUCCUGAUUUCACUUCCUUGGAUGUGUUGGCAUUCGGAGGCAGUGGAAUACCAGCUGGGAUCAACAUUCCAAACUAUGAUGACAUAAGACAGUCUGAAGGAUUCAAAAAUGUUUCCCUAGGCAAUGUGAUAGUGUCAGGAUACAAGGAUCAAAAAGUCACAUUCCUUGAAGAGCAGGAUGUGGAAUUGUAUGUCAAGUACAAGGUUCCAUCAUUUGAGGUUCAAGUUGGUCUCCAUGAGUUGUUGGGACAUGGCAGUGGGAAGUUGUUCAUCAAGGAAGCUGAUGGAAAGUUUAAUUUUGAUGUACAUAAAGUAAUUAACCCACUUACUGGAUCAAAGAUUGAGAAGUGGUAUGAAGGCAAGGAAACCUGGGACUCUAAAUUUCCUGUGAUUAGUUCAUCAUAUGAAGAAUGCCGUGCUGAGUGUGUGGGUCUUUAUCUCUGUUUGUCAGAGACAGUCUUAAGUAUUUUUGGUCAUUCUGGUCAAGAAGCUGAUGACCUGGUCUAUAUUAACUGGCUGAACAUGGUGAGGGCAGGCUUUCUGGGACUGGAAUUCUACAGUCCACAGACUCAGGCAUGGAAACAGGCGCACAUGAAUGCUCGUUUUGUGAUCCUGCGCGUGCUGCUGGAGGCUGGAAACAACCUGGUGACCGUACAACAAACCACAGGAGCAGAUGGGGAGCCAGAUGUUGUAAUACAUUUAGACAGAACUAAAAUACACACCGUGGGGAAAAAAGCUAUUGGGGACUUCUUGCAGAAACUUCAGAUUUACAAAUCUACUGCAGACUAUGAGAGUGCAAAAGCAAUGUAUGACUACUACUCCAAGGUCAGCGAUGACCAAGAACCCAAAUUUCAAUCUCUGCGAGAUAUUGUGAUAGCCAGGAAGCAAUCAAGGAAGAUGUUCGUGCAGUGCAAUACAAAGAUAAAGGGAGAUACAGUGGAAUUAGUGGAGUAUGAGGCAUCACCAACAGGUGUGAUCCAGUCCUUCAAGGAGCGUUUUCCCAGCACUGAUAUUGAUGACAAGCUGCAAACACUGUGGGACAUGGACAGCAAAUAUUUUGAGAACAUGUAGUUGGAAAGCAGUCUAGGCACUAAACUGUAACUGUAGGACUACUGUAUGGCCCGUUUUUACAGAAGUUUCAGGAGUAUUAAACAGAAUUAUUGAACAAAAUUAAUCACAUUGUCAGAUUCCCAUAUUUUCAUUGCAUCAUAAAUUUGUUUGUUGUAAUUCAAGAGAGUGUAUUAUUAUUAUUAUUAUUAUUAUUAUUAUUAUUAUUAUUUGAUUUAUUUUUUGUUGGGCAGAGUGUAAGUAAGUGUAAGUUCAGGAGUGUGUUAGCUGAAUAUAUCUAGUUAAAAAAAUUGAAAAUAACCAAAUGCUUUUAGUAGGUACAUUUAGGAAGGACUUUGCUUUUUCAUUUGCAUAUUCUUCAACACAGCAUACUGUUAUAUUUUCCUUAAAAGGGAGUUGGUAGAGUAAAAAUCAUGAAGAAGAUAAUGAUAUGCAUUUUUUUUUCUCUUGAAAAUGAUUGAUUGUGACUCAUGUAAACAGUUUUAUUAAUCAUCAGAUCGGAUGUGAUCAGCAGAAGACUUUGAGAAAGAACUCUCCAUACAGAUUAUGCAAAAUUCCACUUUGUUGACUAAAAUGCUUGAUGAAUAUUAA